AUGCGUUGUGUAUUAUGCGUUAUGCAGAAGUCUGUGUUCUGGCCCUUACAAUUACCAUGGAAUGUGAUAGCUUUGCUGAUCGGUCAACGAAACGGAGAGGGUGGGAAUAAUAAAACGUUAGGUGUGUCGGCGUCCGGUUUUUAUACUCAUUAUAAGAUUUGUGAUUAUUUUGGCGACUAUCGUUACCGUUACUUUGUAACUGUGCAGUGAUCAUCAGUCUUCAUAGAUCAGUUUCUAGCGAAGACAGAAUGUCAACGGUGCACGUGGACACCAGGCAACGACGCGAAAGUACUCCCGUCAAAUUGCAACAGUAGUGUAUUCCAAAAAGCUGAAUAUUUGUCAAGUUAUAAACGUAGUCUUACGUAGCCGCAUUGUAUCGCAUUACCUCACGUACAUGUGUCCGUCAUUCGUCCAAGCUCGAAGAAGGGUAUGUUUUUAUGGGGUAAUGAGUGGGCGGUAGCCUUUGCCGGGGAAUGGAGACGGAGAGCGUAAAGUCCGGGGCUAGUGAGCAUAGCCAUAGCCACCACAGCAGGAGCUCCCAGAAACAUCGGUCCCAUAGCUCGAAACAGCAUCACAGGCAACAUUCUCAUCGUACUACUAGGAGCAAUCGUAAUCAGAGGAAAGAAAGGCAAAACUUAGAUGGUAGUGAAAUGGCACCAUUUCAAACAACUGUGAAUGUAAGAGGAGAUAGUGUAGAUAACUUAGGUCAAGAGGUGAUUGAAGUACAGAUACUACCACAGGAUGAAAAUUGGGGUGAAAAUACCACAGCUGUAACUGGUAAUACCUCAGAUAGGUCAGAAUCAACUGAAGAUGUAAACCAUUGGCCAAAUGAAAAUGAUGGCACAUUCAGCUCUAGCUGCAAUCGCUAUGUUGGUCCAAUUAUUGCUAUUAUACUUGGAAUAAGCGCCUUCCUUAGUCCUAUAGCUAUGGUUAUCUUGCCUAAAUUGGGAUUCUUUCCUGAUCCAACAACAGUACUGACAAUGCAACAGAGACUGCAAUUAUUGUCAUGUAAUGCAGAAUGCAAAGGUCAGCUGCUAGGAUUAGCCUUUAAACUGGUGCUAUUAGGCAUCGGCAGCUGGGCAGUAUUUCUACGUUCACGAGCAGCUACUAUGCCACGUGUAUUUUUAUUCAGAACAGGAGUGCUAUUACUCACUACACUGUGCAUUUGUACUUAUUGGCUUUUUUAUGUUGUACAGGUCACUGAGAGUGCUAAGACUGCUGCCAAUGGUGAAAUAACAGAGUACAAAAGUUUAGUAAAUUAUGCAGGUACCUUUGCUGACACGCUGUUGUUUAUACACUACAUUGCUGUGCUCCUUAUUGAAGUUCGUCAUUUACAGCCCACCUUCUAUCUUAAAGUGGUCAGAUCACCAGAUGGUGAAUCAAGAUCUUAUGCGAUUGGUCAGUUAUCGAUACAGAGAGCGGCCGUAUGGAUCUUGGAAAGAUAUUAUACCGAUUUUCCGAUUUAUAAUCCAUAUUUAGAAAGAUUGCCAGUCUCGAAAUCAGGCAGAAAACAAUCAAGUUUCAAAUUCUACGAAGUUGAUGGUGGAAUAACUGGCGCCAUGCAAUCACGCGGUGGUAGUGGUGACAGGGCAGUGCUGGCAGCUCAAGCACGUCGUCGAGACUCCAGUCACAAUGAGCGUUUCUAUGAGGAACAUGAUUAUGAGCGACGAGUACGGAAACGCCGAGCGAGAUUAAUCACUGCUGCCGAAGAGGCCUUUGCACACAUUAAGCGUUUGCACUCUGAAGUAGAAUCCACUCCAAACCCGGGACCAAUGGAUCCUAUGGAGGCCGCGCAAGCUGUGUUCCCUUCUAUGGCGAGAGCUUUGCAAAAGUACUUGCGAGUCACUCGGCAACAGCCGCGUCAUUCCGUAGAAUCUAUUUUAAAUCGUCUUGCUCGUUGUUUAGCUCAGGAUGCAGCACCACGCGCUUUUUUAGAGCCAUUUUUUAACACAAGUCCGGUGCUAUCGAAUGAAAAAGAGAGACAAAAACGAUCGCAUCAUUGGGCCUUGGUUUGCGAAGGAGAGCUACCUUCACGCCAAAUUGCUAGUGGUUGUGAAUUUCAAUUAAGACAGGGCGAAGUGGCACUUCUCUGUACGGCGCAGAGAUUACCGCACUUUAAUCUUACUGAGCAAUUGGCGCAUCCUAAAUCAAAUAAGUUUUUAUUGCGAUUGAACUCUGAAACUUCGGUCUAAAGCUUUUUUCCGUUCAUUGAAACAUAGACUGUUAUAAAAAUAUGAUAGCAUUUAGAUAUUUCUUUUGACACAAUAGACUGAAAGAGAGAAGCAUGACAAUUAAAUGUUUCUGAUAUUGCUCUCAACAUUUACUUUUUUUUCUUAAGAAAAAAGAUUUAACAUUAGUUCAAACAUAUUUUUGAAUAAUCAUGGUUGUCUUGCUUACGGAACUCAGAUGACAUCAGAAGCGAGAAAACGCAUGCUCAAAAUUCUUGUAUAACAUUUCCAACAAAAGAAAAUUCUAUGAAAAAAUGCUUCAAGUCACUAAAACAUAUUUUUAAAAUGUUUCAAACAUUAUGUUUUUCUCUUGAAAAUCAAUAAAUAACUGUAAAAUGACAGUAAUAUAAAGUUAGUCGUAUGGAAUGAUGAUAGGAUGGGCCAUGAUAAAGUAUCUAACAAGAAGUGUCCAUAUUGUCAUAAUACGGUUCAUGUUUUUUUUUAAUAAUCAUACAUAUGUUUAAAUUUCAUAAUGAAUCAAUAUAAAACUAUCGAUAUGACAAAAAAUUUGGACAUUUCGUACAGAAAUUGUGAUUUUGUUUAUUAACAAUAAUGAGUCAGUAAUUUUGACGCAGCGAAAUUUUCGACGAAAUCAUCCUCGUCAUCUAGCCCCAAUUAGAAAAAUAAUUUACGGAAAACAAGUUUUGCUUAUUAACAAAUUCACUUAUAGGAUUUGUAAUUCAUAAUUCUUCGUAAUUCAUAAUGAGUUUGUCUGAAAAAUCGUCAAUUGUAUUAUUCAAUUUUAGGAAGGCGUGACUACUGAAGAUGUUCUUGGUAAUCUCUGAGCUGUAGCUGAUAUGUUAUUUGGAUCUUGUAUGAAAACUUACGCAACCUAUGCAACUCUAAGAUCAAAAUUCUCAAAGAUGUCUGAGGAAUAUUUAAAGCUCAGUUUCACAAAUUUGAAUUUAAACCAGACAUAGUGGAACAGCUGUUAUAUUUAACGUCAUGGUUAAAUUUGCAUUGUGCUCUACAUCGUACUUAUAAUUGUAAUAUAUAUAAACCUAUAGUCUGUGAAGAAAAUCUCAAGAUCUUUUUCUUUUCAAACAUAGAUUGUGAUUGAUUAAUAAUAAACGGAAAUAAGACGGUAGAAAAGACGUAAGGACGAAAACAACUUGAUCGAUUUCUGCUCGCACUAGUAAUAGAUUCUUUGGAUAAACGGAAUCGCGCAUGAAAAUCGAUGUUAUCGAAUUCUUCUACGAUGGUCGUUUUCUUAUAAUUUUCGGACGUUAAUAAUUAAAUCUUUAAAAUCUUCAUCUUCAGAUGAAGAUAAUAUAUAUUUUAAAAUCAUAUUCUUUAGCAAAUUCCUCAUUUAUUGUAUAGAUAUUAUUCCUCAUUUUUUGUAUAGAUUAUUUUCUUAUCUUUCGACGCUGAAUAAAUUGCGAUAUUAUAUCAAUUCAAUAUAAUACUCUAAAAAGCUGGACGAUAGUUAUCUUGACUUUGAAAUUGGUGAUACUGCAGCAUUAAAUUUCAUUUAUGUUCAUUAAACGCUUAAAAUCUGACGAUUAACUUUAAUCAUAGGAGAUAGACCGAAGUUUAUAACAAUUGUGGAACGUAACAUUUCCUCUAAACUAAGUUAACGAGUUAGAAGUAAGUUGUGAAACCGGACCUAAUUGCGUGAUUCGUCUUCUGGUCGACGUAUUUGGUUUUUCGACAAUGUUUUCCCUUACAUAUUCAAUAUUUUCAUUUGAAUAUCUUGUUCACAAUUCCUUCCAAUAUCCUUUGCAUCUUGUCACGGGCCAUUGUCCUGCGACACUGAAAUUGUUCAGCAAAACGGUGUAUUGUUUUUUUAAUUGAUAUCAAGUAACGAGGAUAAUUUCGUUAAUGAACAAAAAUUUCGCUACAUUGAAAUAACUGACUCAUUGUUCUUGAUGAACAAAGUCAUAAUUUCUGUAUAUUCUUGUGGUAUACAUUGAUUAAUUAUGAAACUUGAACAUAUGCACCGCACAACUAUCAAAAGGAAAUUAUACGUCAUGAUAAAAUGGCACACAUUUCAGAUCUGGCAUUUUAUUAUGGUCCACUCUGUAUAAAUCAUUUUAUGAUUGUUGAUUAACUAUCUAGAGAGAAGCAUAGUGUUCGAAUCAUUUUAUAAGUAUGAUCUAGCGAUUUGAAGUAUUUUUUUAUAUAAAUAUCUUUUUAUUUGGGAGCAGCAUAUAAGAAUUUUCAAUCUGUCAUUUCUUGUUUCUGACGUCACUAUCCAAUAUAGCUGCGGCGGGAACCCACAGGAGCCUUAGGGAUUAAUAAUUAACUUAAUAAUUAAUUAACUAGUACUUUAAUAUGAAAUACUUUGUCCUUUUUUAUCUUUUUAAGGCAUAUGUACACAUAUUUAUUUAUUGCAUUAUAUUGCAUAUCAUGAAAUAUAUUAAAUGAAGCAUUUAACUUAACAAUCGCAAAAAUUAAAAAAAGAACGCGUUACAUAAGAAACUAUAUCAAAAUGACUUACAGAUAAAAAAUUUUUUAUUGGAAAUUUUUUAUUGGAAAACAUUUAAUUAUCUGUAUUAAUUUUGACAAUGUGCAGAUGUUAAUUACAAAAAUAUGCAAUAAAAA